AUGCGGGUGAGCGUGCUGUUUACUCUGGCUGCUACCGUCACUGCGGACCUGCAUCCCUUCGGCUUUGAGCGCUACCAAUUGCAAUUGCAGGAUCUGCAGAAUUUAGACCCGGCUGAUGCAGCAUUUUUCAGCUUUGCUGAUUCCGCCGUGGCCAUGAAUCGGACAUCCAACUGCAAGGUCUUUCCGGCUGAUAGUGCAUGGCCCCGGCUACGCACAUGGGACCUUCUCGACCAAUUCACUGGCGGUGCAGUCAUCAAGUCGGUUCCUCGGGCUUCAUCUUGCUAUCAUGGCCCUACAUAUAAUGCGGCGGAUUGUGAGCGGUUGACUUUUAACAAUGACCCAAUUGAGAUGCUCUCACCUGUCUAUCAAGGCUUGACAUGUCAGCCAACCACCAAUCCGAAUGCUACUUGCUCUCUUGGUGGUUAUCCCGCCUACGCGGUUAAUGUGUCAAGCGUGGCUCACAUCCAGCUGGCCAUCAACUUCGCGCGUCAGACGGGGGUGCGCCUUGUGGUCAAGAACACCGGCCAUGACUCCUCCGGGAAAUCAGGCGGCGCAGGCGCCCUCAGCAUCUGGACCCAUAACUUAAAGAGGAUUCAAUAUGUGCCCUCCUACAACGCUUCCGGAGCCGACUGGACCGGAGCCGCCUUCAAGAUUGGCACCGGGAUCCAAGCUUACGAGAUCUACAAAGCUGCUCGGACCGGCAACUAA